AAGAGCGAGCCGCGAGCGCUACAGGGCCUGGACGACGCCGGCCCUGCGACCCCACGCUCCCCCUGCUUCCGGAUCUCUGGUACCGACUUCCGCCGCGCGCAGCCCCUCGCGAGACUUCGGCGGCGCAGAAAUGGCGAGAUCAUGCCGCGUCACUGCUCCGCCGCCGGCUGCUGCACACGGGACACACGCGAGACGCGCAACCGCGGCAUUUCCUUUCACAGACUUCCCAAGAAGGACAACCCGAGGCGAGGCUUGUGGCUGGCCAACUGCCAGCGGCUGGACCCCAGCGGCCAGGGCCUGUGGGACCCCGCAUCUGAGUACAUCUACUUCUGCUCCAAACACUUCGAAGAGAACUGCUUUGAGCUGGUGGGCAUCAGUGGGUAUCAUAGGCUGAAGGAGGGGGCCGUUCCCACGAUAUUUGAGACUUUCUCCAAGUUACGGCGGACAGGCAAGACCAAGGGGCACAGGUACUCACCCGGCCUCCCUGAUGUGAGCCGGCUCCGGCGAUGCAGAAAGCGCUGCUCUGAGGGCCGAGGACCCACAACUCCAUUUUCUCCACCUCCACCUGCUGAUGUCACCUGCUUUCCUGCGGAAGAGGCCUCAGCACCUGCCGCUUUGCCUGCCUCCCCCACUGGGAGGCUGGAGCCUGGCCUCAGCAGCCCCUUCUCAGACCUCCUGGGGCCCCUGGGUGCCCAGGCAGAUGAAGCAGGCUGCAGUGCCCAGCCCUCCCCUGAGCGGCAGCCGUCCCCUCUUGAGCCGCGGCCCAUCUCACCCUCAGCCUACAUGCUGCGCCUCCCGCCACCUGCCGGAGCCUACAUCCAGAAUGAGCACAGCUACCAGGUGGGUAGUGCCCUGCUCUGGAAGCGGAGGGCUGAGGCCGCACUGGAUGCCCUGGACAAGGCCCAGCGCCAGCUGCAGGCCUGCAAGCGGCGGGAGCAGCGGCUGCGGCUACGGCUGACCAAGCUGCAGCAAGAGCGGGCACGGGAGAAGCGGGCACAGGCAGACGCCCGCCAGACUCUGAAGGAACAUGUGCAAGACUUUGCUAUGCAGCUGAGCAGCAGCAUGGCCUGAGGCGGGGGCAGCAGGACCCAGGGCUGACCGAGGGGCUGCCGUCAGGGCUCCGGCCUCUUCCUCCCACUCUGCCUGGAGAGGGACCUGAGCUGAGCUGUGGCCACCAGACCCACCAUAUGCCAUAAUAAAGUGGAUCCUAGAAGGAG